AUGAAUUCCACCACUUCACCAACUUCACCCACUUCACCCACUACCAAAUCUAAACUCCCACCUCCUUUAACUCAUUUAAAUACUGCACCUCAACUUACUCAAAUUCAUAGUGAUACCGAAUUAAUUACUGAUAAAGAUCGUAGUGGCCAUCACAUUAUUAAUAAUAAUAAUAAUAAUAAUAGCACUACAACAACAACCAAUACAACUACUAACAAUAAAUCAACUUUGAUGAAUAAUUCAUCAACCACUACUACUACUACUACUACUAAUGGUGAUCUGACCAAUAAAUCAAAAAGACAACAAGCCAAUGAUUUAUAUAAUUCUUUAAGAAAUAAACAAUCGGAUAAUUAUCGAUUUGUUGAAUUUACUGACAAGAAACCAACCCCUGGAGCUCAACCCCAACUCCAACCCCAACCUAGACAAUACGUUAAACAAGUAUCAUUUGAUGAUAUAAAUAUUCAAUAUGAUAUGGAUGAUAUACCUGAUCCUGAUGAUGAUUUUGGUUGGGAAUUAUAUAAAUUAAAAAAUAGAGAUCGUUUAUCUGGGACAAAUAAUAACAAUCCUAAUAAUUCAUUACCAGGAUAUCUGGUAGGUUCAAGUAUUGGUCGUGGUCGAGGUCUUGGACGAGGUCGUGACACUUUACGAACUCCAUCACCUUUAGGAAAUGUUGGAUCAUCAAGAUUAUCUCCUUCACCUAAUAGAACUUCAUUAAAUUAUGAAGAUUUAGAUUUAGAAACUCGAUUAGAUAUAGCACAAAUGAUUCAAUAUCCUAGUACUCCAAUUACUACGAAAAGAUUUUGUACAUUGAAAAAAUCUCAUAAAAAAUUUGAUCAAUUAUAUAAAGAUCAACUGUAUCGUAUUAUAAGACCAAUGUUUCGAACAAUAUUAGUAUAUAUUAGUGGUAGAAUUCAUACUUGGGUAGCAUUAGAUUGGAUUCUUAGUAAAUUUAUUGAAGAUGGUGAUCAUAUUAUAAUUAUUGCUUCUAUUGAUCCUUGUUUAUUGAAUACCAAAGAUUAUAAAGAUCGAUCAAGAAGAUCUACUUCUAGAACAAGAAUGUCAUUAUCACCUGCCAAAAUAGGUAGUCAAUCAUCAUUAAUUCGGGGUAACACUUUAUCACCACAAAGAAGUCGAACUGAUGAAUCACAACCAUUUCAACCAACAUCUGAUAUAUAUGAUCCUUUCAUUAGAUUAAAAGAAAAAAGUCGUCCAGAAAAUAUUGUCAAAAUAGCUAAUAAUUUAAUGGAUUAUAUUAUGAAAGUAAUAAAUCCUAAAAUUAUUACUCGAAUCACCGUUGAAUUAGUAGAAGGAGACACUAAAGGGGUUUUACAAGAUAUGUAUCGAUUAUAUGAACCAAGUUUAGUAUGUACCGGAGCAAAACCUAAUGCAAGAGUUGGAGCACCAUUAAGAUCAUGGCAAUCAUCAAAAUUAACUGAUAGAUUAAUUAAAAAUUUCCCAUUACCAGUAAUAGCAGUACCAGCAGUUAAUAUGUGUGAAUUUGAAUAUGAUUUACAAAAUAAAUUGAAUGGUACUAUUAAUGCGAAAACAAUUGAUCAACAAAAUGAAUUGAAUGUUCUGAAUAAUAUACUUGAAAAUGGAAAUACCAACAACGAGGAAGAAGAUGAUUCAGAAUUAGGUGAGGAAAACGACGACAACAACAACGACAACAACAACGACAACGACAACGACGAUGACAACGACGAUGACGAUGAAAAUGAUGUGAGAUCAAUUCAAUCAUCGGUAUCUAUGUCAUCAGAAGAUAGUUAUGAUUCAUUUAUUGAAGUAGCUGAUGUAUAUCUUGAACAUAAACGAGAUUUACAAAAAGAUUUACAACAUUUGGAACAAACUCAAUCAAUUAAUAAUGAAAAUUAUUAUGCUGAUAUGGUUAAAUUAAUAUCAGAUGAAUCAGUUGCAUUAUGUACAGAAAUCAUUAGUAUUCAACCAAAUUUUAUUGGUAAUGGUGCUAAAUUAGCUCGAGAAAUCACUGGAUCAAAUUCAUUUGGUAAUGUUCCUUAUAAGACUAAAUCAAUGUUAGAUCCAUCAGCACCCGGUGGUGGUGGUGGUAGUGGUAUUAAUGGUAAUAAACCAUCAUUAUCAUUUAAAGAACUUAAAGAACAAUUGAAAUUAAAUAAAAUUAAAACUGAACUGGCAGUAAAUACUCCAAUUUCAGGAUCAACUUCAUCAUUUGGAACUCCAAUAGUAUCAACAUCAUCUUCUUCACCACAAAAACAAGAUCCUCCAUCAAUUAAAAUUGACGAUAUUCUGUCUCCAACAACAACAACAACAACAGCAACAACUUCUUCAACAACAACUUCUUCAGAAUUACCGGAGACUUCAUUAAGAUUUGGUAAUUUGGAAAAACCAUCUAUUCAAAGUAGAAGGAAAAAACCAAGUAUGUUACAUAAAUGUUUGAGUCAUAGUGAUGAUUCAGUGGAUCGACCUAAAUUAGAAGCAAGAAAAUCUCAUCCUGAUGUAUUAGAACAUAUUCGUGAUGAAAUUAAACCAAGAGAUAACAAUAAUAAUAAAAAGAAGAAGAAGAAAUUUUUAGGGAUAUUUUAA